AUGGAUCUGUGGGCAACUCUGCCUUGUCCUUCCAACCUUCACGGGAAUGGUCUAUUGAACGUUACUGCCGCCCAACCCCUACGAGAGCAAUUUACUCGCUAUGUAAUGGGGAUGGCUCUGGAUUGUGCUCUCUUUGGCCCCUGUGAUGUGGACAAUCGACAGGCUAUCAGGCAACGCUGUCAAGUUGGUGCAUGGUUGGAACGUGCUCGGCAAUGCUACCCGCCAGCACUGGGGUAUCAUGGUCCGCCGCAUCACUUUGCGUACCUAUCUUUUCUUUGUCCUCCGGAGGAUGGGUGGCCUUGGCCGGAAUUUUCUACUUGGCUUUCUGAUUUGCCUUUCGACGCGCUACCUGAUAGGUAUCAGCGAUUUGAACCAAAAGAGAUCCCUGUGAAAGCUCGAGCAGUCUUUGUUCCAGCCAUUCUUGUGGAAAAAGAGGACCCUGAUAGCGAUUUGGAUGCUUACUCAAAUGUGUUUGCCACGACUGCGACUACAGUUACGGCUACACCUAACAUUGCUACAGUCCCAGCUCCAGCUCCGAAUGUUGCUACUCCAAGUCCACCGAAAGAAGCUCCAUUUCCACCGGUGCGGCAAUCGGCCUCCCCCCCUUCCGUUCCACAAGACGUCCUCGAUGCCAUGCAAAAAGUGAGGGCUUUCCAAGAACAAAUUGUUCAUGGCACAUCUGCGGGCACACCUGCUGAUCCAGUUGACUUGGUCGAGGAGUAUGACAUUUGCCUGAAUGACUUGGCAACUAGGUUUGCUUCUUCGGCGAAUGAUUCUUCUACUGCAGCAGUCAUGCGAGCUGGCAAUAUUGCUGAUCGUCGUCGCUCUAGUUUGGCACAAGGAAGAUUUGGGGCUGGUCCACGAACGGGUUUGCUGGGCCUUGCUCCAAUGCGGAACAACAUGUUCAACCCGCAAACACUGGCUGCAGCGCUUGGAGUGCGACAGUCUCGUUUUGUUUCAACUGAUAAAGCGUCUCUUGCAUGUGUGCAGGCACGUCGGACCUGCAGCCCUUAUUUCCUAAAUGUUGCUCUGGUUCUUGCAAGUUUCUUUCCCCAAGAGGAGCAACCCUAUCUGUGUCUGUCUGAUGACCGUGUGGUGGCUGCGACUGAUUGGAUGAAAGUUCCGGAACCAGCGCAACUCGCCCGUGAUCUCAUUGCGGUAUGGGACCAUGGCCACAAGGAGGCAACGUCGGGUGUCACACGAACAUUGCAUUAUGCACUUCGUUUUUGUGUGGAUAUUGCUACGGGUUUUCAACAGAUCCCGCUUCCAUAUGAAGCUGAAUUUGACCUGCUAAAUUUUACAAUGCAUAAAUCGAUCUGUGAUGUGGCAAGAUGGAAGAUGGGUCGGAAAGUACCACCACCCCCUGUCGGUGGUCCAUCUUGGCACAUUUUUCACUUGCUACCCUUGGUAAACCCUACAUAUGGUGGUACAUGUAUUCCUCCUGGAGGACUUCUGAUUGCUGAUGCACAAUUGUUUGGGAAGUAUAUCUACCUUUUGAUGUCGCUGUUUGGUUCCCAGGAAGACGCAACAAUGGAUCAGAUUCAUGGGGGGGACUACGACGACUCGGUAUUUUGGGCAUCUCUGUUUGGCCAAAAUCUGCUACAUUUGUGCAAACUCCCUCAGCACACCGCCGUUGUUCGCUUAUGGAGAUGCCGUCCUCGCCAAUGCACUCUCCAGUGGAUGGAAGAUCUAUGUGCUCUGUUUGGGGAGGUUACUGCAAUGGUGCGUUAUCAUUCAGGCGCAGCACCAACUACUUUGGGUCUUCAAGAUGCUACGUUCCAUGGCGAAGAAGAUAUUGUGGCUGGCGCUUUUGUUGUGGCUCCAACUAUGGUGGGACGCCAUGAAUUCACCAAAAAACCUCUUUGCUAUUUGGACAAGUUCCAGCUGCUUUAUGAACGCGUGGAAAGGAAGUGGGAUCCUGCUGAGUUGGAUGUGAACGGCCAUACUUGGAGUCAUAGUUUUUCUUCGAGUUUCUUUGGCACCGCCAUCCCUCCUGUCCUACCUCCUAGGGGUCCAGAUCCUUUUCAACAUGAUGGGGUACAACCGCCUCUUGCAAAACGACAACAAUUGGAACUACCUCCUGCCGGCCCACCACCUGGACCACCACGACCUGAACACACUGUACCGUUUACCGCCAAGAAGCCUUUGUUUAAAUCUUUGCUCCCAGUGGAAGCUGGACAGUCCGUAUAUGAAGCUGUUUUGAUGAAGAAAUUGGUUCAAGGUGACUCUCCACUUCUCCUGAACCCACAAGCUUAUGCUGAAGCAAAUUGGGCCCCAGUGGUCAAGUUUGUCCAAUUGUACCAAGAGCAGGGCGUUCUUGGGCCCUCUGCUUGGUUCAAAGCACUGACACCAAGUGCAAAAUGGGCUCCGUUCCCAUCAAAACGGACUCGGAAUUUGACGCAAAAGGAGCAGAAGAAGGAAAGGUGGCGGCGGUCAGUCCCUUGGCGGAUGGACUGGUCAUUGGUGGUAGAGGGCGCCCGACCACCUUUGGAUAGGCCACCCACAGAGUGGAAUGACACUGUGGAUUUUAUGGAUAUUGCUGUCCAUGUUCAAGCUAGUGGCUUUCUUGAUGCUUGUACUAUCCAUACUUUGACUGGGGCGCACCGUCAUCUUGCACCCCAUUCCAUAGUGUUGAAUACUUGGAUUGCACCUCCAUGCAAUCCCAUCAAGAAACGACUCUAUGGUUUUGGCCGGGCUUCAAAAGACCGCGGUUUGAAUCAUGAUGUGGCAUCUUUUGUUUGGAAAAAGUAUGCAGAGUUGCGCCGUUUUGCAUGUGUUACUUCUCUCAAGUCAUUGCAACUUCCGCGUCUCUUGAUGGCUGAUGAAAAGGUGCCCACUACGUUGGAUCCACAUCGAGCAUGGCUGAAUUCAGCCGCGUUGCUACGGUUUGAUUGCAAUCAUGGUGAUUUCGUUUGCUGGCUUGGAUGUGAAUAUAUCAACGAAGAGCGUGACUUCAAUCUUGAAUGGGAUGUCAUCGAAUCCCAUUUGAAGUCAAAGGUGCUCCCAUCCAAUCUUCCACCUACGAAAUUGGACAUGGCGUAUCGUAUUCAAACUGAAGGUGUUCCUCUCCGUGGACAAUAUACUACGCCUAUGGAGGCAACACUUCUACGAAACGAAUAUGAUAACCACCCAGCGGUGGGUGCUAACUUGGCCGCGGUUGAGAAGAAAUUUGCAAAGGAGGAGUGGAACUCCUACCACAUCCACUACCUGCGAUUUGUCUAUGAAUUUCUUCCGGGCUUGGUCAUCAAUCCGAUUCAGUGGGUCUUUGAUAAAGGAAAGGGUCGAAUCUGUAUUGAUUGCUCCAAUGGUCCUAAUUCGUUAGGUUCCAUCAAUCUUUACAUUCCAUCUCCGAAAGAUGCUAUUCCCGGUGAGGAGGAUGAAUGCCCCGCAGUGUACUACCAAUAUGCAUUUGAUCGCUACUUGCGUCGAAUCCUCAGGAUGCGCAUCACUCGCCCGAAUGAUCCCAUUAUGGUCCAUGCGGAUGAUAUAGAAGCUGCGUUUCCACGAGUGCUCUAUCAUCCCGAUAUCGCAUGUGCUUUUGCAUAUGUUUAUUCUGAUUAUCUGAUGGUUCCAGUGGGUCAAGUUUUUGGUUCUCUGAGUACGCCUUCCUACUACUGUGUACUUGCUUAUGUCCGCCAAGCAUGGGCGGCUUGUCGACAGGAGGAGCCUAUUCUUCAUCCAUUGGUCGCUUCCUGCACCUAUGAGGUAGAUACUUCCUCUCCUCUUGUACAGGUGCCUCCAGACUCGAAUCAUCCUCCACUCACUUUGCAGGAGCAAACUGAAAUGUACAGUGCGAGCUUUGUGGAUGAUAAUGGCGUGGUGGCAUAUUUGGAAACAAUGCCACAGGCACUCCAACACAGUGUCAGGUCAACUUUUGAAGUCUUUGGUGACGCAGAUCGUCGAGGUGGCUGUCUGCAGGAUGCUAAGUGGACCUCUCUUGUUUCCGAGACUUUUCUUUUUCUUGGAUUCCGGAUUGACACCCAUGCUAUGACCGUUUCUUGGCCUUUUGCAAAACGGAAAGCACUGGAUGAUGAAAUCCAGGAUAUUCUUUCUCGAAAACGAAAAUAUGUGACUCCCAAAGAGAUGGCUCACAUUAUUGGUGUGAUUCGAUCGGCGGCGGCCAUUGCCCCAUGGGGAACGUUUCUUAGGGAGAUUCUGGAGUUGGAGAUUCGUUGGCGCUAUGACAAGAGUGCCAACAACUUCACCAUCCGUCGAUUUCGCCUGACGUCACAUCCGAUUUUUGAUCCGAUAGAUGCUGCAGUGAGUAUAGUCCAUCGAUGCCACCUUUUGAAGGUUCCGUCUGUUGAACCAAUGGGGGUAUUCAGUACUAAUGGCAGCACCUACCGAUUUCUACGCGACUCUGAUGUUCGCAAAGUGAUGCAGCAUUCAGUGGAUCUGGCCUACCCAGAUAAAAAUCACUACAUGCAACGCAACAAACAUCUCAUCCAGCCUCAUUCCAACCGAAUCACUGCCGCAGUUUGCCUUCAACGUGGUGGAGCCAGUAAUGACGACAUUGCGUUUAAAUUGCGCUGGAGUCCGACAUCUGUGCCCACAUACUUGCGUGACUGCUUCCAAGGCGUCGGUGAUCUGUUGCAGAAGGCCAUUACUCGAGUGAUGAAGAUGUCUUUUUCAUAG